AUUUUACAUUUCGUGUAAAUUAUGUAAUUCUUUAGAUUUAAAUUCAGACGCAAGGUGGGAAAUUCGUUGGAUGUGCUGGCAUGUUCGCUAGCACGUACGAUGCAUGCGCGUCAAUCUUGAAAAAUCUUGGUUCCCUUCGUCCUCGUCGAAAAUAGAAGCACGACUGUGCGACCUAUAAUUAAACAUGGCCGUUAUUUUAGCGGAUGUUCAGUACGAUAAAGUUAGCGGCUAGUGAACGAUGUUCUCGCGUCUGACGUCUAAGUCUGACUUGAUCUUCGCUAGAAAAACUGAAUAAACUUAAUAAAACAUGAUAGAUAUAUCUCGUUAGCGCAUCUGAUGUUAUCUCAUUCUCGAAUCAAUGUACUGUCGGAGUUUAAAAAUUGAGAGGUCUGGAUGACUAAAAGUUUAAGAGUUUCAGAAUUAAAUUCGGAAAUGAUCUCAAAUUAAGUGAUCAUGGAUGAUGCUCCGAAGUACGGUGUAUGUCCGGUAUGCGGCAAAAACGCCACGUUGAAAUGCGGCAGCUGUAGACGUGAGUUUUAUUGCGACAAGUCGCACCAAUCUCAAGACUGGCCACGCUACAAGUCCACGUGUUGCGGCUGGGAAGUAAAUCGCGAUUCCUCACUCGGACGACACUUGGUGGCGACCAGAGAUCUAACAUCCGGGGAUGUGAUCCUCUCGGAGACGCCUUUGGUCUGGGGACCAUCGAUCCACGUGGAUCAGCGGGUCUGCGUCGGUUGUGGCGAACGGUGCGAAGACAUCGACGCGAGAUGCAAGGGGUGCUGUUGGCCGGUGUGCAAGUCCGAUUGCGGAGGAUUGUCUGAUAAGAGACGACACCAACUGGAGUGUGCUCUCCUUGCACGCGCCAGGAUUAUUCCCAGAUGCGAGGUGCUUCUGAUUAUUCGUAUGCUGGUACUGUGGCGAACAAAAUCACGACGCUGGACGACUUUGGCCAAUCUGCAGAGUCACGAGGAAUCGCGAGGACCAGGCACGGAGGCUCACGAUGAAGUAUUAAGUAUAAUUCAGCGUCUCGGGCCGCUUUUGUCGAUGGCAUCCGAUUGCAAGGAUAUUUUACCGAAGAUUUGUGGCCUAAUCGAUGUGAAUGCUUUGGAGACCGCACCGCCGGAUGGCUCAGUGGCGAUUUACGAGAAUGCGUCUCUUCUGGAGCAUUCUUGUCUCGCUAAUACGCGACACAGUUUCCGCGUCGAUGACAAGGGUAGACCGCGUAUUACGGUAUAUGCGGUCACGUCUGUUAAAAGAGGGGAGCAUCUGACCACCAUGUAUACGCACGCGCUUUGGUCUACCAGAGCCAGACGGGAACAUCUCCUCGCUACGAAAUACUUCGCCUGUCGAUGCAAGCGUUGCGCGGAUCCCACGGAAUUAGGCACGCAUUUAGGCACUUUUAAUUGUCCCUGCAAAAAUGGACUCAUGUUGCCGAACGACCCCUUAAAUCCGAGUACCGAUUGGUCCUGUAAUUUGUGCCCAGGAACAGUGACUUCCGCGGAAGUCGCACAAUUGACAGAUAGACUGGAGGAAGACGUCACGGAGGUCAUGAAACAGGCGACCGAACGUAGUCUGUCCGAUCUUCUUUCACGGCUUAUGGUGCUGCUGCAUCCCGGUCAUCAGCAUUGCAUAUCCGUGAGCCACUCGCUGAUGCAGUUGCUGCCGGCGACCGAUCCACGAAAGUUAGAAUUAUGUAAACGUGUUAUGGAUACAGUGAGUCGAUUGGAUCCCUAUGGUGCUCGUUUAGCACUUUAUACAGCAGUUACCUUGCGAGAGCUCGCGACAUGUCCCGGAGAAGAUAGGCGAGCUCAUCUCGUCAAAGCAGCCUCGUUGCUGAAGGCAGAACCGACGAAUUCGCCCGGUGAAAAGCUUCGCAGACUCAUCGAGGUGGAACUUCAAUCCUAGUAUCCUCGCAUAGCUGUAUUUUUAUUAUUAUAAAAUCCGGAACGUCGUGUGCGCACACCCAAUAGUGGGUAGGACAAGGACUGGCCCUUCAACUGCGCGGUGAUCUGCAAGAGAUAA